AUGUUGUCAGAGCUGAUCUCCUACAAACCGUUGACCUACGCCUUCGGGACCCGGCAUCCUGAGCUCAUGAGCACGCUUCAGGAUCACGCUGCCGGCUUCACUUUGAUGGGCGAUUCUGUCGCUGAGGCGGCCCGGCCGGUUGACAACCAGACCAUGAAGCUCGGCUUGAUUCGCUCGGGAAACUGGAGUCUGUCCAAUUCGGGUCUGGAGUAUCAGUACCCCAAUUGGGCGAACCAAUUGGGCUGGCUGAUUGUGGCCAGCACCACGGCGAUGGUGGUCGUUGGAGCUGGAUUUGUUUGCCUUUACUACGCCAAAACGAAAAGGGUGAGUCGAUUUGUGGUACAUCUCGUCAGCACUAAAGUAUCCAAGUUGAAGGAUCUGCUGGCAAAAGAAGCAGUCGCACAUCCAAGACAGCCGAAUCACGAGUCCGUCGGACCGAUUUCUUCAGACGGAAGUAAAAGUCUUCUCUGUGAAAUCAUCAUAUUCCCUUGCAUGACCACUAAAGUAUCCAAGUUGAAGAAUCUGCUGGCAAAAGAAGCAGUCGCACCUCCAAGACAGCCGAAUCACGAGUCCGUCGGACCGAUUUCUUCAGACGGAAUUAAAAGUCUUCUCCGUGAAAUCAUCAUAUUCCCUUGCAUGACGUCAGUUCUUGAGCCCUCACAAUCCACAGAAUCAUCGUCCUAG